AAAUGAGGCAGUGGACGGAGGGAGAUCAGUGUGUGGGCAUGGGGGGGGGGGCGUAGGGUCAUUAGAAGAGGUAAGUUACCCGGGUGAGGGAGGUGAUAUUUUAGUGCAAUGCCCGUCUGUGUGGGUUUGUCUUGUUGGCGUUUUUCUAUGGACUGUGUUUGUGUACGUCUAUGUUAGGGAGUGUGUCUGACUUCGGUAAUGUGUUGGAGAGCAUGGACGCUAUUAGCCAACAAUCAUGAUCUUCUUCAUUAGCAUAUCAAUAGGCCCGUACUUUGGAAUCGAACCCCCCAAAAAACAUGUCUAGAAAUAGAACUAGAGAUGUCGCCAAGCUCUGGUGCAGUUUUUUUUCUGAGAAAUUCGGAUCUGAGAUUUUUAUAAACAGAAAAAUAUCAAAACUACCGUAAAUGAGUUGUUUUUUUUUUUUUAAAUAUGAAUUAUGAUUUAACUAUUCAAUGACAAUGUGGUGAGUUUUGGUGACAUGCGCAAAGAUUCCAAGAUAUGAUCUUCUUUGCAUGGAAAACACAAAUGUUAUUCGUCAGCGUGUAAAAGAUUAAAUCAAGAAUGACGUCAUCAAAAGAAGGCUCCUUAGCUAGCAAAAUUUGCCCAAGGUUCCAUCAGCCUGUGAAGAGUUACCCGACAGAAAGUCUGUCUCCUCGGGUAAUGGCACUAGAUGUCACGGCUUCGACAUUAUUGCAGCAGUCAAAGGCCUUUUCCUUGGCACGCAGCGAGCCUCACCCAACUUGUAAUGAAACAGAGAGAGGGUUCGACAUCGGAGGACCAUUAGACAUUGACCUAAAUCUCAACAGCAGAUUGCUGCAGAUGAUUGUGAGAAAUAACAGGGGUCAAGGCCAGGAGAAACCGGAAGCGGAAGUGAAAGAGGAGAGUGCGUCACGCAAAAGAAGUUUUUGGCAGGGUUUCACCACGCGACAAAUUUCUACGUCAUUAGACCUGCAGACGAUAUCCAAACAUCGGCACGCAAGUAAAAAUACUAAACGUGAAAUCAAAGACAAUCUCGCGAAGCGUUUGCACCAGAGGAAAGAUCAUGGGGAAGAUGAAGAGUUUAAACAGGAGUGUAAAAUAGACCUUACCAAAAGGUUAAAGGAUGAGACUUUUGGUGUCCACGCUAUUGACAGGCUUGAUGAUAUUCAGACUAAAAACAGACGCAUUUCUAAGAGAAAAACAUCUCAAAAUAAAAAUUACUCCGCCAAAGAAGAAAUAGCUUCUACAGAGAAACAAUCUCCAAGUCCAACAGAAGCUUCAAGAUGCGACAAUAUCUCUCUUCAGUCUCAUAAAGAUCUAAUUGCAAGGACUAAAGCCAACAUGCGGCUGGAUCUGGUUUCCUUUAACGAAAGUUGUAACAAUACCUUCUCCAGAGCUAGCUCGCUUAGAAGCAUGAGAGCCUCACGUUUAGACGUUACGUCUAUAUCGUCAACAAAGCUACCACUACAUUCUUCCAAAAGAAUUAGGAAGUCGUUCAGUUUGAAUAAAGGUCUCCUUCAGUCGAUUCUCUCCAAGACAGGAGCUCAGACCAAAGAUGUUCAUAUGAUGAAAAGAUCAACACCAGGUGUGGAAGAUAACUCUCAAAGUCAAAACCCUUUGUCCGAACACCACUUUGGAAGCCUAAGGGAAGAACACUUGUCCCUCAUUGAGCCCUCCGGAAUUGAACCGCCCUGCUUUCGUUCUGAUUCGACCAGAAACGACGAGAGACCAUAUUUCGGGGAAGACAUAACUGUAACUUCGUGUCAGAAACACAAAGUCAUCGAUAAUACAUUCAAAAAUGUCUUACUACAGACCAGCUCCAUCGUUAAAGACGGCUAUUUGCGUAAAAGUAUGUUCUAUCAAAAUCGAUUUAUUGUAAUGGAACUAAACAAACGUCCAAAACACGAUUCUAAUCCUCCGCCUGAAACUCUAGAGGUGCCAAUAGAACAACAAGAGCCCAGCCAUUCUUUGGCAUCGAAUGACAAAAUAUUACCGUGCUCAAAUAGCACAGCUAUGACCCGAAAUCCAUUUUCUAAUAAACAGAUGGAUACACCUCAGCAAGAGUCUGAUCAUGAAAAUAAAUUAAAGUUAUCAUUUUUAGCUGAAGAAAGAAAUUUUACACCACAAACAUCUAGUAGUAAUUCUGAUAUAUCAUUGCACUACAAUUUUAGUUCAUUGAUGUUUCGACAGAAGAACGAAUUUGAGAACAUCACCAAAUGUCAUGAAAACCAUAAACACACUAAAGCGAGUGGAGUUAUGAUAAGAGAAGAAGACAGAUUGAGAACCACUGGUCUGGCGGUCAAUCGAAGAGAUGGCUUCGAGCUACCGUCCACUCAGAGAGCUCUUCACUGCCCGUCUUCGACACUACAUUCCAGUACAUUGCCUGGUCAAGCUAAUGAACUGGCCGCUAAUGUCAUUAAUGAAGCGAAAGUAGAAGGUUACACUGGGAAAGUUUCUACGGCCCUACAACCCUAUCGGGGUCAUUUGAGAGUGAAAUGUGCUGAGAAUGACCUGGGUUCACUGGGGCCCACAGGGAUCUAUUAUUCGCAGCUCACGCCUGAUUUCCAAGAUUCUGAAAACAAUCCAUUCACGCCGGACACUAAUGCUAUCUCUCAUACUCCUACCACUGUCUCAUCGAUUGUUACGCCAGAAAUUGUAGCUCAUCUAAAUUCAGCACAAGAGCUAAGAGAGACACCAAAAGGCCAUUGUGUUUGGAUCACUGUGCCUUCAACACACGAUCCGGACGCAAAAGAGAGACGCGCAGUUGGACCAAAUCAAGACACAUUCACUAGCACCACAACAAUUAAGACACAUGAUAAGUCUUAUCAGUCUAACGACGAGAAAAACUCAGAAUGUGUGAAGAGAAUAGAGAUCGAGCACCCUCCGGAGAAUGGACAGAAAGCAAUUAGGAAGAAAGAUGUGGCUGGUGAUCUAAAUCAGAACGACCAUGUAAAUGAUCAGCUUAUAAUCAAGGCAUCCAGCCUAUUCAAUAAUGAACUGCAGACGUUUCCUCCGGCCUCGUAUACAUUCGGCAGUAAUUUAAAUGCGCUUGACAUAGGCGGCGCAAACGUUGGACAAGAGGUUAAUAGUAAGGAGCAUUCCCCAUUAUCAGACGCCGAUAAAAUAAGCAGGGGAGGGGACUUCAUCAGCUCAAGUGUACAGUUAUUCCCAGUUUUACAAGCUUCGCACCGUACAGCCAAAGCACGUGAUGAAAACUUUGCGCAUAAGUGUGAAAAGGUUUUCCCGCCUUUUCUGAUGUACGCUAACUCAACAACAGGUAAACAUAGCCUAGGCAGAGGCGGCGACGAAGAAACGUUACCAUUCGCAAACAGGAAACAAGGGGAUGCCAGCACCCCGGAAGAAACCGCCGCCACAGCACAGUCCACCCGCCACAAAGCGAAAACGGAAACCAUGUCCACAAGUUCCGCCGUCAAAGAGGGACGAGCUUUCUCGAGCGCACCAGCGACAGUGUGCGGGGGGAAGCGCGAGCCGCAGCAGGCGGUUUCAUCGAUCGGUUUGGCUAGCACUCGUGUCGAAGUCGAGAGUGUUCAGACUCGAUGUGCGUCUCGUUUUUCAACACCCCACCCUCACGGGACGUUGCUGCGAUCUUUUCAGAGUUCACCCCCACCCCUAACAACCAGUCUAUUGCCUAUGCCGACCACUGAGCCCAAACACUUUCCCAAGUCCGAUGAUUACCAUUCUAACCACAAAGUGAAUGCGGAUCACGACCUUUACCCUGUGAGGUCAUCAGUUUUUGUUUAUAGAAAUGAAAACAAUACAGCAAACAAGAUUAACGACGUCACAUUCUCUAUGGGGUUGGACACAACUUUAAAUCAGGCGCUGGUCGGAGAUAAACGGGCAAUCGGCGCCCGUGUUCAGAACCCUUUUAAUAAUGGAGGGUCUGUAAAGACGUCUCCCCUGAGGAGCUCACCAAACUCAGCAAAAGAAUUGCCUUCUUCGACACAGGUAAAGAAGAAAACAUUCCUAAAUCGAGUUCCCGAGAGCAAGGCGAGCGCUACCGAAGACGAUGUCGUGGCUGACCGUUGUGAGACAAACGUCUGUACGCCUACCGCGCGCAAGUUUGCGAGUGCAGAUCAGACCAAAACGUUCGCUAAUCUCGUCUGCUUUCCCGGAAGCGGGGCGGUGGAGUGCGCGGGCGCCGAGGGACACGUAAGUAUUGUAGGCAGGUACGCGCGAGAUGAACAGAACAACACGCGAGCGAUCGAAAGUGCUGGAUGUGAUUUGAGCCCGGUGGAUGCGUCGAAGCCCAUUCAUGCUGGCAUUUCCAUCGCCACGAAAGAGCACGGACACGGCCGUGCACCAAGGGAAUUGCACUACGACUCGUGGAGCGUUACCGCUAAUGGCCAAUCAGGCAAAGUGCCUACGCCACGUGACCGAAAAGCACUAGGUCACGCGGUAGAUGGACAGUGUAGAGCAAACACUUCCGAUGUGAACGAACACAGUGUUCACUCAAGUAGUUUAGAUAUUUCGACUCCUUCUUCGGCGAAAGCGACGGAGAUUGGCGGAAGGUUCCGAUCUAUCAUCAAGAAGAAGGAGGCUACGGAUAUUACCGAUUACGGCAUUCUCGAUAAUGCCCUAGCAGACAAGGCAGCAUUCCUUUCGGAGAAAGAACAGCAGUUUUCGAAGGACGUUUCGGUCAAUGAUACUUCACGCUUCGCUAAGGACGGACACAGGGGCGUAACCCGGGUUACGUUCUCUCUAGCAACGAAGGAGCUCGGUGAGAAGACGCCAGGCCACACUACGCCACACUACGACCAGGGCGAAAGUGAGCGCCUCAUUUCAACUUUCCCUAUAGCUCCUCUCCGAGUGACCCUCCCGCUGGACAAGCGACACUCUUUCGGAAAAGCGGACUACCCUUCGAAGAGCACGCCCCUGCUUGACGACACGGACUGGGACGAGAUGGACGGGCGAGGGAUUGAGAUCAUCGUCUCGGACGAAAACGACGCCAGGGUGUCCACGGUCAAUUCCGGAAAGAGGGCAGUCCUUCGGCGAAUAUGGAUGAUUCUGCUGGACAACAGGGUGGCGGGGCGCCCAGACAGCGAGAGGGCGCUCCGUCCCCACCACGAGGAGUACCGUGUCCUGAAGAGAGUGCUUAACAUCGUUUUCAUCACCAUAGGCGUUGCCCUGCUGAUUUCAGUAUUCGUUGUGAUUAUAUACACCUAUGUUGUUGAUGAAGACCAGUUGAGAGCUGAUGAUACAAGUCGCGUGACACAGAAACCAACAUCUAUACCAGUUGCUCAAGUCGAACCAACGACAUCGUCCAUUACAGCCAACUCUACUAUCGCACCUUACAAGACCGGAAGCUGAUUUUCCGCUUCUCAGACAACAGACGAAACGAUAGUAAGAGUUGCCAUGGAAACAUUCUCAACAUUCACAGCAAAAAGAAACUAAAAUAUCUUCACUGAUGACAUUCAUGUAUACACCUCACUAUUCAUUCCAUCACUACUCUGAUCUGAUUCACCCGGAGUGUAAGAAGGGCAGCAGCCAAAGUUUCCCACUUUUGUUCUUCAAAGACACAGCUCUCCUCAUUGUGCCAUAUUUGAUAAAUGAAUCAAUAUUUUUUAUUUUAUUUUAAAUAUCAAUGUAAAUUCACUGAGUGUAUAUUUUUAAUGGGCAUAUAGUAAAAUAUAGUAGCAGAAAAAAAUAUUCUAAAAUAUAUUAAGUCUAGAGCUUGAGAAAUGCUUACGGCGUCAUGAAAUUCCCAGCAUUCUUUCACAUCUAGCCCUAACUUCCGGUAGGAGAACAGGGGCUGACGUAGCUGUGGGUGCGACAGUGCAUACAACCGAGACCAAUCGUAAAAGAAGGCCUGAAAAAUGACCUGUAACGCCACAAACUGUGGGCAGUUUAGACCAAUAGCUCGUUGCCAUGUCGAAGGUCUGUACGAGCUAUUGGUCUAAACGGAAAGGGGCAGCUUUCUUUCUCAUCCUAGGGCCGCUUCAUUCCUAUUGCUCUCGGCUAGAGUCUUACCUACCCCAUAAAUAAUCUAGAUCAUGUCCAAACAAAUAAAUGAUCAAUCUAAGGGAGGUAAAUAACAAUUUUAACUAGGUUAUCUAGCUACUAGUAGAUUAGAACUGUUAGACUCUGCUCUAUGCCUUUAAGGCAGUUAUUGUAAUUGUCUUAUGCUAUCUUUUCCUUUCUAAUCUAUUUUCAUUUGUUAUUAUUUUGAUAUAUAAGGCGUAACAUUAACACAUUCUCUAUACCGUAUAAGCCCUUUACAUGCAAACUUAAAUGAAGUACUCCUGCAUGUUUGUCAUACAAUAGGUGGUGUUAUCCCUGUAAGAAAAGCAAUGAUGUACUUUACUUUAGUCAACAAAAUGUCUUAAGAUGAUAAAAAAUUUUAACCAAAAAGAAAAAAACAAAAUACGAAAAGAAAUAUUUUCGCUUCACUUACAUUGUAAUAUAUUUUUUUUUCUUCUUACUGUAAAUGUAAUUUCACAAUGUUAAUGUAAAUCUUUUUGCUUCACUUCAAGCUCAUAACAUCACGACACAAAUCACAUCAUAACAUCACGACACAAGUCACAUCAUAACAUCACGACACAAAUCACAUCAUAACAUCACGACACAUGUAACACUAUAUCACAUUAUAACAUCAUGACAACCAAUUUUCCGUUAGGACAUCACGACACACCCAUGCCCUAUUAUAACAUCACGAUUUACCAAUCUACCAUCAUAACAUCAGGAUACAUCAAUAUACCAUCAUAACAUAAAGUCACAUCAACGUCCCAGUAUGACACCAUAACAUCACGACUUACAAACGUCACAUCAUAUCAUCACGACGCACUAUCGUCGAGUUAUAAAAUCGUGUCACGUGAAUUUAAAUCCCUAACAUCAGGACAGACAUCAGGACAGGCAUCAGGAAAGGCAUCAGGACAGACAUCAGGACAGGCAUCAGGAAAGGCAUCAGGAAAGGCAUCAGGACAGACAUCAGGACAGACAUCAGGACAGGCAUCAGGAAAGGCAUCAGGACAGACAUCAGGACAGGCAUCAGGAAAGGCAUCAGGAAAGGCAUCAGGACAGACAUCAGGACAGGCAUCAGGAAAGGCAUCAGGACAGGCAUGUUCAGCUCAUUAAAUCACACACUUAUUUAAAUAAACACACUCGUGUUUAACAGAGACAAAAUUAUAACAUCGCGUCACACUAAAGUCAUUUCAUAACAUAGACUUAUAACAUCGCGUCACACUAAAGUCAUUUCAUAACAUAGACUUAUAACAUCGCGUCACACUAAAGUCAAUUCAUAACAUAGACUUAUAACAUCGUGUCACACUAAAGUCAAUUCAUAACAUAGACUUAUAACAUCGCGUCACACUAAAGUCAAUUCAUAACAUAGACUUAUAACAUCGCGUCACACUAAAGUCAUUUCAUAACAUAGACUUAUAACAUCGCGUCACACUAAAGUCAUUUCAUAAAAUAGACUUAUAACAUCGCGUCACACUAAAGUCAUUUCAUAACAUAGACUUAUAACAUCGCGUCACACUAAAGUCAUUUCAUAAGAUAGACUUAUAACAUCGCGUCACACUAAAGUCAAUUCAUAACAUAGACUUAUAACAUCGCGUCACACUAAAGUCAAUUCAUAACAUAGACUUAUAACAUCGCGUCACACUAAAGUCAUUUCAUAACAUAGACUUAUAACAUCGCGUCACACUAAAGUCAAUUCAUAACAUAGACUUAUAACAUCGCGUCACACUAAAGUCAAUUCAUAACAUAGACUUAUAACAUCGCGUCACACUAAAGUCAAUUCAUAACAUAGACUUAUAACAUCGCGUCACAC